UAUUGAUAUCCCGUCUUGUCAUCGUUACUAACGUUCAAUCAUUCAAUCAUUAAUCAACAGCAUGCAAGAUAUCUUCUAGAUGAGUGGAGAUGUGAAGAAACCAGUGGAGGUUGUGGUGUCUUCGUCGGAGGCAGAAAUGCACCAGGAGAGAACUGACGCUCAUCGCCUCCGCGGAGCCGCCCGCAGCACGGCCAAGGAGAGGGGGCAGAGGGGAGAGGACUCCAACGAGGACAUGGUGAUCAAGGAGGCCGGGCGGCCAAGCGAGCAGCGAGCGGAGCAAAGUGAAAGGAUGCUGGUCAACCUGUUGAGCGAAGGGACGCAGUUAAUCACCAACAUCCAGGUGGCAGCCGAUGCUAAAGAGUCCCAGAGAAGGACUGAGCUGAGGGAAGGCCGCAGACUCCAAGUGGAGAAGCUAGAGAGCGAGGCCAGGUCCAGCAUGGAGAAGUUUGAGGAGAUCACCAGGGGGUGGAGCCAGGCCAAGGCCAAGGUCAUCCCCCAGGAACUACACCAGGCUUUGGGCAGACAACUACAGCUGUGUGCUCAGGUGCUGGAGGACAAGAGCAAACUUAUCAACGACCUGCAACAGGAGCUGAAGGCGCGGGAUGAGCGCUACGUCAAGGAGCUGAAGCGGCAGGCGGAGGAGGUGGACCUGAUGAUAGAGAGGAUGGAGGAGCAGGUGAAGACCCUAACCAGGACAAACAGGGAGGAGCUGGACCACAUCGAGAAAGCCUACGAGGAGGAACGCAAGGUCCUGCUGACGGGUAACAGACAAGAGUGGGAGCAACACGUGAAGCAAAGGUCCACCACAGAGUUGGAGAACAUGAUGGAGAGGAGGAGGAAGGUGGAGGAGUAUGAGGCCAUGCUGGAGCAGCUGAGGCUGGCCGAAAUAGAUGACUACAACGUGAUCAGGGAAAAGCUGGAGACUGAUGUUCAGACCACGCAGCUCUGGAAACAGCAGCAGAAGGCCACCGCCCAGCUCAACCAGGAGAAACAGGAGUUCAACAUACACGUGCUCAUGCACAGGGAGAAGGACAGCAUGAUCAUCCAGUCCAAGCUGAAGCGGAAGAUCAAUAGACUGCAGGAUGUCCUGAACAGCCUGAAGGCCAAUCGUGUGCAGGCUGCCAAGGUGGGCCACGGCCAGUGUGACGACUACACGCGCACCGUGCAGCAAUACACCCUCAUGCAGAAGAAGAUCAAGCACUUUGAGGCCGUGGACAGCGAGAGGUUUGCAGAGGUGUGGAAGAUGAAGGAGGAAGAGGUGAGGGAGCUGGCGGAGAGGGUGCUGGACAUCGAUCGCCUCCUCCAUGAGCAGCAGCUGGGCUUGGUCUGGGAGCGCCCCACCGUGUCCCCCGAGCUGUCCCCUUCUCCCCCCCGGGGCCCGGCAACGGCCGACUCGGCGGUCGGUCCCUCGUCGAGGACCGCGGGCGUUCGGAGCGCGGGGGCGUACGGCGAGGCCUGUAGGAGGGUGUCCGCUGACACCGUGAAGAAACUGCUGCAGCUGCUGUGUGACGAGGCGGGCUUUUUGAUCGAAAGCAAACUCCUCACACUAAUGUCUUCCCUGGACAAAGACCACCAGUCUCUCAUCAAACUGGACUCCAUUUUCUCUUCCCUGGGAGUUGAGAGCAAAGACGACGUGUACCGGCUGGCUGAAUUCUUCUCAAACUACCAACAACGACCGACUCAGCAGGCUGAUGCAGAGGGAUUCAGUACCAGCUCGACCUUUGACCUUCUCCACCCCGAUGAGGUCCUGGCUGCCCUGAAGGCCUUCACUGCCCAGUACAGACGGCCCAGAGAACGGUCGGCCCCCCAGCAUCACAGCUCCACCCUCACAGGGGCUCCCGAGGGCCCCGACCAGGCCGCCUUCUGGGAGAGCCUGGCCAACGUGCUGCCUGAGUCCAAACUCAAGCUCUGGACCGCCUUGGAUAGCGCCCUGGAGAAGUACCACGCCGUGCUAACGGAGAGGUCCCAGCUCUUCAGGGACACUCAGGACCUCAAGCGGCAGAACUCAGAGCUGCGCAUGCUGCUGCAUCAGUCCCUCAAUGCUAAGGUGAACACAGAGCUGGUGAUCCCUCCCGAUCGGCUGAUGAAGAUGGCCCCUAAGUGAACGGCAAAAUAAAUGUUAUAAUAAAGCAUCUAAAAAAAAGAACUACUCUGAGCACCCUUCUUUCUAGAGUAAUGG